UCUCUCAAACAAUCAUCUACCCAACAGGCACCAAACAACCCUCAAUAAAAAGCACGCAGCUUUAGAAUCACAUAAAGAUUCGGCUCCAGAAAUCCUGGAUGGAGGAUCAUCCUAAAGAUGACAACAACAAGAAGAAUAUUAAAGUCAUGCCGCUGGCAAUAAGUAUCGGUGGUGGUGGUGCCGGCAGACUUGGAAUGGGUGGUAUUUUGUUGUUUGGUGGAGCUUUGGUCACUGCGACCAUUGCAUCAGCAGCCUUAGCUUUCAAAAUAAGACGAUCAUCUAAAAAGAGCAGGUGGCCAUCACCGGAGACACAGAGUGUCGAUGCACCAGACCAGGUGGAAUUCAUGGUGAAGACUAAUAAAGAUCUUCCUCUUGGCUCUCAGAAUCAGAGCAGUGAUGGGUUAACUAGCAUGAAGGAGAUCAUGCAGACUAAAACCAUUCCAGAUUCGAGUCCGUUUCAGGAGGAAAAGCAAAAUUGUGAGGAAAAAGUGGCCGUGGAGUCUGGAGAUGGUAGUAUUUUUUCAGUAGUUGGUGAAGAUGAAGAAAGCUAUGCUAAUUCUGUUUCUGAAUUGGGGUUUCCAAUAGUUGAUGGGGGUGAAGAAGAGCAGAAGAAAUACUGUAACCAACAGACUGAUGCUGAAGAGGAGGAAUAUAAAGCAAUUGAAGGCGUUGGAGAAAGCGUUCAGGUGGGUGCACUAGCAUCAGAUGAAGAAAGCACAGCAGCAAUGGAGGCUGACGGGGUUAAAAAAGAGAAAGAAAAAGAUUGUGAAGAUGAAAUGAUUAAUGUAGCGAAUGUUGAGGGAGAGUUGAGUACUAGUGAUGAAGCAAGUUAUGCAGCAGCUGAUCAUGAUAUUGUCAGUGAAACAGAAGAAGAAGCAAUAAACACAGUUUUUUGUGUGCGGGUAGAAUACAAAGAAGCUUGUCUGGAUGAUGAUGAUGAUGAUGAUGAUGAUGAUGAAACCAUUACAAUACAAACCCAAGAAAUACAUCAGGGUCGGACAUUUGCUGAUGAUGAUGAUUAUGAUGAUGACGACGACGAAGACGACAGAGCAGCAGUAAGAGAAAAGAGACCCCUACCACCAAACCAAUUGAUGAUGAUGAAUAAAGAAGAACAAGGCAAAGAUGAGGACAAGGAAUGUGAGGUCCAGUCUAUGAAUAAAGACAAAGAAACACCAUACGUAGAUGCAGAAGCAGAGUUGUUGAUGAUUACAGAAGAUGAAGCAGGAAAAAGCAAGGUGGAAGCUGAUGAUGAAAUCUUGUUAAUACAAUCGCAUGCUACUACAGCCAAGAGGGAAGUUGGGAUUUGGGCAGAUGAGUCUGUGCAGUGGGAGGAGGAAGCAAGCCACAUGAUUGAAGAAAGCAUGAAGGAAGAUGACUCAAUUUUAAUAGGCAAAGGGCAGAAGAACGAUGAUCACCAUAAACAUAAACAUCAUAAAUCUUUCACACACAGACAUAGACACAGGUUUGCCGAAAUUAGUCUUGUUCCUAGUCCUACUUUGUUGCUCAUUUUCAUGUUAUUGGCUCUUGGAACUGCAAUACAAAGAUACCUGGUCAAAUAAUACCCGCCCUACCCUACAUACAAAGAUAUUGGGGCUUAUAACA